CGCAGCUUCAGUCCUGAUUCCGGCUUGACAGAGGAAGCGUCGCCACGAUGGAGGGACUCCGACAGAGGUUUGACGCGUUUCUCCACGAGAAGAACCUGGUCACGGAUGUGCUGGUCCGGGUGGAGGCUCGGACCGGCGUGAGCAGGACCUACAUCGCCCUCGCUCUCAUCGCCGUCGUGGCCGUGUACCUGGUGGUGGGAUACGGAGCCUCGCUGCUCUGCAACCUGAUCGGCUUCCUGUACCCGGCAUAUGUGUCAAUGAAAGCCAUUGAAAGCGCCACCAAAGAAGACGACACAAUGUGGCUGACAUACUGGGUAGUGUACGGCCUCUUCAGCGUGGCAGAGUUCUUCGCUGACAUCUUCCUGUCCUGGUUCCCCUUCUACUACAUUGGAAAGUGUGCCUUCCUGGUGUGGUGCAUGGCCCCCACCGCUGCCAACGGCUCCGUUCAGAUUUACACUCGCAUCAUUCGACCACUGUUCCUCAGGAACCAGGCCAAGAUCGACAAUGCCAUGCAGAAAGUCAAAGACGAGGCAUCAAAGGCCGCCGACAAGUUCAAGGAUGAGGCCAAGAAAGCCACAGCAAACAUCAUGUUUGAGGAGAAGCAGGACCCCGCAUCAGGCCCGUGGCAGUGGCAGUGAUGCAGAAGAAACAAGGCCUUUAAUGUUGUUCAGAUCUGACCCCCUGCUUCAUGUAUCGGAUGGUACGCCUGCAUCAUAAGUGUCAUUUAAAGCAUUUCAUGUAUGUUUUCUUUGGUUUCAGUCUGCAGUGCUCAGAUAAUCAUGUGUAGGUCUGUAAUCUUCUUCAGCCAAAUAAAAAAAACUAAAUAA